AUGUCAUCAAGUGAGCCGGACCUGGGGAUCGAACCUGCGACCAUUAUAUUCUUCCAGACAGCGGUAUGCGACAAGGUCGAGUGUCAAGCGAAAGCUGGUUAUGUACCGCAAUUACUCUACGAGAGGCCCUCAGCCAAGCCCUUCCUGUGCCUCCACUGCCUUGACCUCACUUUCAUGUGCUCCUGCAAAGAGGCCCAUACCGUUCAAAGACGACUCAUACUGGAACGCCCCUUGAACCUUGAUGCCCCCUUCUAUUUCAUGAUGAACACCCACGCUCUGGCCCUCGAACCAUGCGAGCACUUUUAUGUCAACUCACUGCAGAGUCCGAGACCUCAAUUGGUGGCUCUGGCCGGAGACUCUACGGGAGCACCCCAGAGGGUCGUAACUGCCCUACGGCUGCUGGACGUUAUUGCACAUCGUAGCACUGUGAGGCGAUGGACCAUCAAGGAACAUCAGAGCCUGAGGCGAGUCUUGGCCAAACUGCAGGAGCCGGUACACCAGCGUGAGAAGUUGAAAGGGAUGCCUCCGGAGGCCGAAUCGGAAGCACUGUGGCUGCUAGAGGGGAGCGAGAUGUGGGGCCUACCAGUACCGAUGUGGACUGCACUGUAA